GCGGCGCGUAGCACGCGACGUGUGUUGAAGUUUAUUCAAAAUAAAUCCAUAUAGUGUAAAUUCACCGAUCAAAGUGUCCAGCUAGUGAAUUAGUGCUUCCAAUGAUGUACACGUGACAAUUAUAUUGUAAAUUGUAUUAUCCAAAAUCGACGGCCGUUUAAACGAGUGACCUCAUGCGACCACUCAACGGCGCCAGAGCGACAAUUGAUAUCCAACAUUUAUCCAGUUAGAACAGGGUGGAGACGACAGUGAUAAUUACUGACAAAUUGAAUAAAUAAAAACAGGGCAAUCGAGAGGAGUAGGGGAAUUCGAUUGAAAUUCAGUUGAUCGUGUGAGAACCGUGACAAAUUGGCUGACGAUCUGACAGAACCGUUUUGUCAGACUAACGCUUGUUUUUUCCACUGUCAUAAUUCCUCAAUUUUUUUUCACUACUCGUUCUAUUGCUCUUCGACUAGCAUCGAAGCGUUUUAUUUAUAAAACCCGGGCAUCAAUUAGAUUUGUCCUCGAGUGGCAUUAGAGUUGAUGAGGAUAACUGAGAAGUUUGAAACAACAGAAUAAGUGCAGAGGGAAGAGUUGAGAGUUUGCUGGAGUCGAGGCUUAAAUUGUUCGAUUAUUUAGAUAAUUGUUUUUUUCUGGAGUAAGUGAGGAUUAUCCACGUGAAAAUGACGACUAUGGGAGUCACCGUGUACUGCAACAGAGUGCAGAUUAAUAAUGGAGAUCAGGAGCAGUUAAUGUUACUGAGAACGCUGCAGGAUAAUGAGAGUAAUAUCCUCGGGAAUCAGCAGCACUUGAUCGUCCAGAAGGGAUUGAAUAACAACUCGAAUAUUAAUUCGAGUGUAUUGCCUCCUUAUGAUCCCACGAGAUUGAAGAAACAUGGAAAAAAUGGACAACCGCCGCCGGUUGCGGUGGCAAAACGCAAUGCGAGGGAGAGAAAUCGAGUUAAACAAGUUAAUAAUGGAUUUGCAACCCUCAGGCAACACAUACCCAAUCAUAUUGCUGCGGGUUAUGGGGAUAGGGGUAAGAAAUUAUCCAAGGUUGAGACCCUCAGGAUGGCGGUUGAGUACAUCCGGGGAUUGCAGAGAUUGCUCGCUGAAGCCGAUGGGCUUGAAUACGAUCCUAAUGCUGGAAUUGGAAAUAAUGUCCCAUCACCGAGCAGUAGUAUUGUCUCUUCAAGUCAUAACGGCUCUGGGGAAAGACUUGCCCUCGAGGAUGAGGUCAAUCCGGAAGAGGAUGAAGGAGACAACCACCAGGAUGACGAGGACGAGGAGAACAAGAGGGUCACGCUACUGACUAGAUUGUCACCAAAUCCCGUGACAUCAUCAAUAUCCCCGAGCGAUUACUACGGGCAGUCAACUGGUGACGAGGAGAAUCUGGAGCCAGGAACCCUCCAACGUUCGGCGAACAUCAAUCAAACCUUUUCUAGACUCUCUCCAACGUCACUGGCAUCACCCCAAACAGAGUAUUACACCCAGAACGAGGAGAAUCUUGAACCGAGAAUAGUGUCACCGUACAGUGGUGCUGGUGACAGUGAAGAGGGUGGUACCAUUUAUGCUGCUAGUCCUGAGGGAUUUUCGGGGGCUCUUUACUACAAGCAGGAGAUCACCGAGACUGGGGAGUUCAUGGACGUCGUUAGCUGGUGGGAACAGGAACAGGGAAGACUGGUGCAUCAUACCCAGCCACAUGCCCAACGGCUUGCGCACGUCUGAUACAACUCAAGGGAACCGAGUAUCCUGAUCUCACCAAGAAUUAGUCAGCCACUGGGAAAUGAUUAAAAAUCAACGUUGCAACGACUGUAUUUACUUCAGCUACAGGAGAUGGUGGAUCUAAUUAAAUAUCUCUUAGACAUCGUUCAUUGCCAUUUAAAUUGUUGAGUCGAUUGCCGUCGAGACUCGACAAUAAUGGUAGCAACAUUUGAUGAGUUUAUGAAACCCAAACCAGCUUGUAAAUUUCAAUGAGUCUCCAAUACUGUGCCUUAAGAUGUAAGUUCAACUUUUUCCAGUUAAAUUUAUACAGAAUAUAUGUAUACAUGUGUAUAUUAAGAAUUCAGAGGAAUCUGCAUACGAGUAUUUUGUAAGAAUGAGAUAUUUUUCAUUGAAAAUGAGCCAAAAGUCGAUAUUCAUAGGGUAAUUUCAAGAAUCAUAUGAUAUAAGAGUGUCGCUCCGUGGGAUUGAAAUGAAGCGGAUUGUUAGUGCCUUUGCCCAUCGAUGUGCGUUCCGCUUAAUAUGUAGUACAACGAUUACGACAAUAUCAACGAUGCGUCAGCGAUAGCGGUGGAAGGAACGGAAAAUACUGAUUAUAUACGGAGAAAAGAGUCAUUUAUUCCUCGAAAAUAUUAAAAUGUUAACGGAGAGAAUUGUCUUCAUGCUAAACCGUACUUAUGCUUGCUCAAAAAGUGCAUUUCACGUUUGCAAUAAUUUCUCUCUCGUUUUCUCCCUGAAUAUUCAAUAUUCCAUUGAUUAUACAAUUUUAAAUCCUCGUCGUUGACGCCUCGCGAGACACAAUCAAAACAUUGUAUAUACCAGUGCCUUAAAUUAACUAAGAGAAUACAUU